AUGCAACACAACAAGCAGCAACAGCAUAAGCAGCAGCAGCAGCAGCAGCAUAAGCAGCAGCAGCAUCAGAACCAGCAGCACGAGGAGCAGAAUCAGAACCAACAGCAGCACGACCAGCAGCACGAGCAGCUGCUGCUGCACGACCAGCAGCAGCAGCAGCAGCAGCACGACCAGCAGCAGCAGCAGCAGCAGCAGCAGCGCGACCAGCAGCAGCAGCAGCAGCAGCAGCAGCAGAGUUAG